AUGCUAUGUCAAUCUCGAAUAACGUGGAAACCUAUCCUUUCCAUUUCUACAAGGCUAAUUCAUAAUCAACAGGUACCUACUAUACGAGAUAACGAUAGUCAAUUAACAGAUGAUAAUAAAAAGGGUCAGAAAAUUUAUUCCAUAAUACAAAGGAAAAAAAUUGAUUAUUUCUAUAAACAAACAACUUCAUUGACUCCAAGAUUAGUCAACUUAAUAGAUUCUAUACAAAAUCCAUUUAAAUUGAAAGCAGUCAUUAAACAUUUACAAAAUCAUUAUGGUAAAGAAAGAUGGCCUUCAUUUUUAUCACAUUUGACCAAAUUCUCCAAAGAUCCUGAUCUAUUCAUAUUGAAAACUCAUACUCAUUUGAAUCGAAAACAAUACUCCAUUUUCAUCCAGAAAUUGAGAACUAUAAUAACUACAAAUGAUUUACCUUCUGAAAAGAAAAGACAAGAACUGUACAAGUUAAUAAAUUUACAAUAUAUACUAUUCUCAAGAAAGGAACCUUUCCAUUGUUUCAUAUUACCUGAUGAUAUCCAUAAAUGGUUUUUCGAAAACAUAAACAAGAAAGGAAAUGAAAUAUUCAAUCAUUAUAAAUUUUUAAUUGAUAAUGAUAUACAUUUAUCAUCAUCAUUACAUGUACAAUUAUUAUUAAGAAAGUUAUUACAAGGUUCAGAAUUGGAUAUUCAAUUAGUUACCUUUAGAAUGUUUUUCCAAUUCAAUUCAAACAGAUCAAAAUAUGUCAAUUCCAAAACUAGAGAUAUUCAUUUCAUUAAAUUCGUUAAAUUAUAUGAUUUAAAUUUUAUGAUUUUGUUAAUUAAUAAAUAUAUUCAAAGAAAUGAUUUUAGAUUAAUUAAUCUGUAUUUGAAAGCAUUAUUGGAAAAAUUGAGAUUACAUCGUACUAUCAACAAUGACAAACACCCAAAUUUCAAAGAAUUAGAACAAAAGAGACAAUUGGCAUUUAUCAAAUUUAAUAACAUGCUAAUCCAUAUAGUAAGCAAAAUUGGUAACAUACAUUUAUUUACAUCAAUAAUUACCUUCCAAAUUAAAUAUUUGCAAGAUUUCGUUCCAAACUCUUUGAAAGGUAAUGAUUCAACAAUUCUAAAUUUAUUACAUAAACCAAUACAUGAUUUCAUUAGAUUAUUGAAAUCAAAUGGGAACCAAGAUGAUGUAUUCAAACUAUGCGUACAACUUCAAAAGAUAAAUGCGUUCCAAAUUAAUAAAAGUUAUCGUUUUAAAAAUUUAAUACUUUUCGAAUUGAUAUCUUCAUUAAAAUCAUUAAAGGAUCCAAAAUUAUCUACACAAUAUUUAUUAUCAAUAUACCCACUCCAUGAAUCUGAAAAACUAGCUAUCCUUUUGAAUAAUUUGAAUUUAUGGGGAUGGAUCUUUCAUGACCAACCAAUAAAAUUAUCAAAUUCUAAAUUACAAUCAGAACUCCAAAAUAUAAUGAAUACAAGCCUACUCUCUGAUGAUAUGAAAUUGAAAAAGAUAACUCCUAAUAUAAUUUCACCAUUUAUAUCCCAAAUAUAUUCCGUAUUAAUCGAAACUAAAUUCGAACUUAUGGGUGAAACCAUAUAUGGAAAAGAAAAUUAUAAAGCAUUCUUAUUGAAUAUCUAUUCCAAUUAUAAAUCAUACCUUCAACAUUCAAUCAUACCUAAUGUUGCAUCGAGUUCCAAAAAUAAAUUACUACUAUGGAAACAUAAUACAUCAAUCUUAAACAUCAUUCUAACGGCAAUUAAGUCGAAAUUGUAUGAUACAAAAUUGGCAUAUAAUGUAUUAUUGGAUUUCACUUCAAAUUCACAUUUCCUGAAAAAGAUUAAAAUGAAGAACAAUAAUUCAUUCUGUCCCUUUUCAACAGUGAUUUAUAAUAGUGAUCAAAUCCUAACAGAACAUGAUCUAUUUAAAUUGUUCCAAAUUAUGGAGGAUAAUAACGUCCCCUUAUCGUUUAAAACUUGUGUAGCAAUGGUUUUCAGAUAUUUAAAAAUAGAUAAUAAACCAUUAGCAAAACAAUGGUAUGAUAAAAUUUUACGAGUUGGGUUCCCAAUUAAUCAUUUCUCUUUAAUUAAAAUAAUAAAGGAAAAUGGAUGGGAUUUCCCGCUUGGAUUUGAUAAAUCAUUAUUAGAAAAAUUACAACAAAACGAACAGAGCUUGUCACAAUCAUCGUCAAUAUCGGAGACUGACCAAGCUUUACUUUUAGAUUCAAAUAUUAACGCACUAGAAGAUAUUGAGGAAACAGCAUCCUUUCCUGAUAGUUAUCUCCAAAAUGUACAACACAAAAAAACUGAUAAUUCACAAAUCGAUGAAUUAUUAGGAUUGAUAGCCACAUUAAAAGAUUAA